CUCUCGUCUCUCACCUUCUCCUACCCUCUGAUUGUCACCGCCGGAUGGGUCGUGUCCAAACAGUAUCGACGUCGCGGAUAUAUGCUGAUGUCAAUGGACGGUUAGGCCCCUCGUGGCACGAAUAUGACAACCUGCAGGUCCAGUGGGGGUCGCAAGAUCAUUAUGAGAUUGUACGGAAAGUUGGGAGGGGAAAAUACUCUGAAGUGUUCGAAGGCGUGAACAUCGUCAGCGACGAAAAGUGCAUCAUCAAGGUCUUGAAGCCUGUCAAGAAGAAGAAGAUCAAGAGGGAGAUCAAAAUCUUGCAAAAUCUCGCCGGUGGCCCCAAUAUCGUUGCCCUACUUGACGUAGUCCGCGACCCUUCGUCCAAGAUACCCAGUCUCAUCACCGAAUACGUCCACAACGUCGACUUCAAGGUCCUUUAUCCUAGAUUCAAUGAUCUCGAUGUGAGGUUUUACAUGCUAGAGUUGUUGAAGGCGUUGGACUAUUGCCAUUCCAAAGGAAUCAUGCAUCGCGAUGUCAAGCCUCACAAUGUCAUGAUUGAUCACGACCACCGCAAGUUGCGGUUGAUCGACUGGGGUUUGGCCGAGUUCUACCAUCCCAAGACACAAUACAAUGUCCGCGUGGCUUCGCGGUACUUCAAAGGGCCCGAAUUGCUAGUUGAUUUCCAGCAAUACGACUACAGCUUGGACAUGUGGAGCUACGGGUGUAUGUUCGCGUCGAUGAUCUUCCGGAAAGAGCCGUUCUUCCAUGGUCACGACAACUAUGAUCAACUCGUCAAAAUAACCAAGGUCCUGGGGACUGAUGAGCUUUAUGAGUACUUAGAGAAGUACGACAUUGAGCUCGACGCCCAGUAUGAUGAGAUCCUUGGCAGGUAUCCUCGGAAACCCUGGACACGGUUCAUUACCUCUGAGAAUCAGAGAUACAUCUCGAACGAAGCUAUCGAUUUCCUUGACAAGCUCCUGCGAUACGACCACCAACAGAGACUGACAGCACGGGAAGCUCAAGGACACGCAUACUUUGAUCCUGUACGCAACUCGGCGAUGGCGGAUGGCGAGAGCGAGGGUUCUGUCGCAUAACGGACCAGGCCUGUUUGUGUGUAAUAUGUACUUUCGUCGUUUUGUUUGUUGGAAUACAGUUGUCCGUCGGCAGUUUUUUUUAAUC